CCUGCUUGUUUCUGGCUUUGAAUUCUGAGGCCCUGUUGCCUAUCAGGGUCUUUAAUCUAUCCAUGACAUUGUCGGCAAGCCAAGCAGCCGCCUCUGAAUGUUUUCUGUGUAUCGUCCAUCACUUUGAUUCCAUGCACCAGAUAGGUUCUAUGGACUCAUCAGAACUCGAUCCUUGCUAUUCUCAUUAUUGGUCCUCUGUUCCACCACCGGCUGGUCCUCUUAUGGAUGUUCCUCGAACAGCGUCAAGAGUCUGGACACUCCAGUUAACGUUCAAAACUUGUUCCAAUGAGAAAUUCUUCUCAUCAUUCAUUCACUCCCAGAUCAAGGCGUCCAGCUGGGUCUUAAAAUCCGGCGCAAUUCCAGGACCAUUGACAUCUGAAAACAGAUGCGAGCUAUCAGGAUGUAUGGUUGACCAAGGUGUCGUUUUCGAUGCCCAUUCGUACGGCCUCGUCAAUUCUGAACAUCGCCCCAUCUAUCUUCGAUCCAGGUGUUCCUGCGCUGAGCCAGACAAAGUCGUCGCAGGAGUAGGUUCGGGUUCGUUUGCAUCCUUUGUCAGCUCCACUGUGUGGUGUAUUGUCCUAUGCAAACACACUUUGGUUGCGCAGCUGUUGAAGGCCAAUGUCUUCGAAAACCGGGGGGACAGGGGGAGAUUCUCUUGGAGACGUUGUCAAAGGCUUUGCGAAGGUCACCCCCAGAUUAGUCACUCUUCUGGUCCACAGCCUUGUCGAUCCCACCGCUCGAGAUUCACCAAGUUCCUCUUCUCGUGCUCCACCUUUCUUUCUUGGCCUGUUCUACAGGUAGAACAGACUUUAUCAGAUCUUUAGUCUGGCUUUCC